CUCACUCAGACACUGCUGAACAACCAGAAGAAGAGAGUGAGCAGAGGAGAAGGGAAAAGAAGAAGACAAAAAAGGAGAAAGGGAAAAAAAAAAAAGGAAAGACAUUUAUUGUGACUGCCCCUUUUUUUCCUCUCUUGCUGAGGUUGCUUUCUCCCUCUCUCCUCACACUUACUCUGAGUCUACUCUUCUCUUCUCAUUCCCUCUCUCCUUCACCCCAGGACGGACACGCAUGCACUCCCUGACUCUCCGUCUCUCGUGGAACUUUGUUCACCCCCACUCUCUCUCUCUUUCUGUUCCUCUCUCAUUUGAAACGAUUCUGAGAGGGAGGGAAGUAUUUGAAGGCUUGCUGAGAUGCAGAAACUCCCCAGACGCCUGAGACUGGAGCGGUGAGAGGAGAGGAUUUGCCCUGCCGCACACUGACCACUCAACUAAAUUAUUGCAAGAGAAAGAGAAAGCAAGGGGCCACAGGGAGAGGAGGUGUGCAGCAGACUGAUAUAACUAAUUCUCCUUUACUGGAAGUCACUGCUGGCACUUUCACCUUCCUGCAGCGUGGAUGUCAUGGCUGCUCUGCGGUUUUCAGUGACUGUGUGGUUCUCGCUGGUGAUCUGGAACCUGCUGAGGACAAGUGGAUCCACCGCUCCGUCUCAGAGCCAUCGCAACAUCUCAGAGAGCGCAGAGAGCAAAAUAGAACGUCUGGGCCAGACCUUCAGGCGUAAUGUGCGUCUACUGCGUGAGCGUGCCAGCCGCCUUGAACUUGUCUUUCUUGUGGACGAGUCCUCCAGUGUGGGAGCGACCAACUUCAGGAGUGAGCUGCACUUCAUACGGAAGAUGCUCUCAGAUUUCCCAGUGGCAUCUGAGUCCACGCGUGUCGCCCUCAUCACCUUCAGCUCAAAGAACCAUGUGCUGACAAGGGUGGACUACAUCUCAGCACCCAAAGCUCACCAGCACAAGUGUGCACUUUUCAAUAAGGAGAUUCCUGCCAUCACGUAUCGAGGAGGAGGCACGUAUACCAGGGGAGCUUUUCAGCGAGCAGCACAAAUCCUGCGCAGCUCACGUCAGAAUGCCACAAAAGUCAUCUUCCUCAUCACGGACGGCUACUCGAACGGCGGGGAUCCUCGGCCUGUAGCGGCAGUGCUCCGCAGGAACGGUGUAGAGAUCUUCACCCUGGGCAUCUGGCAGGGAAAUAUCCGUGAGCUUCACGACAUGGCAUCACACCCCAAAGAUCAGCACUGCUACUUUGUGCACAACUUUGAUGAAUUCGAAGCUCUCGCACGUCGGGCUCUUCACGAAGACUUGCCUUCAGGUGGUUACCUCCAGGAUGACCUGUCCUAUUGCUCAUCUCUGUGUUUAGAAGGGAGGGACUGCUGUGACCUGAUGGCCAGCUGUCAGUGUGGUAUACACACAGGCCAGUACGACUGUGUGUGUGAGAAAGGGCACUAUGGCAAGGGCCUGCAGCUGGAAUGCACAGCAUGCCCACCAGGGACGUACAAGCCCGUGGCAUUACCAGGGGGUGUGGGGACGUGUUUGCCAUGUCCGGACCCUCAGCACACCUCCAGGCCUGGUAGCACUUCUGUGUCUGACUGUGUGUGUAAUGAAGGAUACACACUGCACAGUCACACCUGCCAAGCGGUGGUGUGUGCAGUUCUCUCUCCUCCAGAGAAUGGCUUCUUCAUCCAGAACAUGUGUAAUAACCAGUAUAACUCAGCAUGUGGUGUACGAUGUCUACCAGGCUUUGAGCUGCAAGGAAGCAGCAUCAGAUUGUGCCAAGCAGACGGCACCUGGUCUGGAGCUCCACCCACCUGCACAGCGCGUUCCUGUCCGGUCCUGUCCACUCCACAGCAUGGACAGCUGAACUGCAGCACCAGCGUCUCCUCCUCUCAGCUGGAGUGUGCAGUGCGCUGUCAGAAAGGCUUCAGACUGGAGGGCAACGCCAAACUCACCUGCCUGCCAAACUCACAGUGGAGCGGCCCUCCACCUCGGUGUGUGGAGGUGCGUUGUUCCCUCAUCGUAACCCUGGAGCAGGUUCGUCUGUCACCUCCUGCCUGCGGGAAAAGAGCAAUGCGGCCCGGAGCUGUGUGCAGGUUUUCCUGUCGCCGGGGUUAUCGUCUCCUGGGUAAUCCAGAGGUGCGCUGCCUGGCAACCGGAGAGUGGAGUAACAAUAUGCAUAAGGUCACCUGUGCAGAUGCAGAGCCUCCGUGGAUUCAGUGUCCUGAGGACAUCGUCACACUGACCAACAAGCGCCAGGGUUCCUCUAACGUCACUCUGAGUGCACCGGUACUGAGAGAUAAUUCCGGAAAUGAGGUUGUUGUCCAGGUCACACCCAUUCUUAGCCCUGCCCAGCCUUUCCCAAUUGGCACAGAAGUCAUCACGUACACAGCUACUGAUCCUGCUGGGAACAAGGCCAACUGCUCCUUCACGGUCACUGUUAUCGAUAUGGAGCCUCCGUUGAUUGACAGGUGCCGGUCUCCGCCCACCAUCCAGGCCACAGACACAGAGACGCCGGUCUACUGGGACGAGCCACAGUUUUCAGACAAUUCAGGAGCUCAAUUGAACAUCUCCAGCACUCACUCUUCUGGUGAUACAUUUCCUGUUGGAGAGACUGCAGUGUAUUACACUGCCACAGACCCGUCCGGCAACAACCGCACUUGUGAGCUCAUCAUCACGGUGCAAGGUUCCACAUGUGAGCAGCCAUAUGUCCCGGUCAAUGCAAAUUUCUCCUGCGUAAAGGAAGACAAGGGGGUGAAUUGUACUCUGGUCUGCAAUGAGGGUUACAGUCUUACCCAGAAUGCAGUGCACAGCUAUUUCUGCCCCAAUAACGGCCGAUGGGAACCAGCACGGACUCCGGACAGACCAGACUGCUCCCAGAACAGAAUAGCCAAUAAUGGCUUCAAGCCCUUUGAGAUGCUGUUCAAAGCAUCACGCUGCGAUGAUCCAGACCUGCUGAAGUCCUUCACUGGAGAUUUCACUAAUAUUCUAGGAGAUAUAGUUCCUAAAAUCUGUGGUGGAGAUGAAGUCAGCUGUAAACUGGAAGUGAUGACGCAAGGACAAUGUCUGGAGUACAACUAUGAUUAUCCAAAUGGAUUUGCCAUUGGUCCAGGAGGAUGGAGCAGUAACGGUCAGGACUAUGCUUACUUUGAUAGUGGUUUUUCUCCAGAUCAUCAGCGCACCCUCCUUCAGCAGGAUGGUGUCUUCCACCACAGUUCACACUUGCGUGGUAAACGUCAUCGUGAGAUCACAGGGCCUACACGUGACCAAAAGAUCCAGAUAUACUUUAAUAUCACAGCAAGCAUCCCACUGCCCCUGUCGAGAAAUGACUCAGUGGAAGUAGCCAAUCAAAAGCGACUCUUGAGGACACUGGAGUUAUUGACCAAUCGGCUGAAGAGGACACUGAGUAAACAGCAACUGAGCACGUUUCAUGUAUCAUCUGAGAUGAUCGUUGCUGACCCCAAAUCUCUGGACAGUAAGAAGGCUACUCUGUACUGCCGGCCUGGAUCUGUGCUGAAGGGCCGCAUGUGCGUGCAGUGUCCAGUGGGGACGUAUUUCUCAGCGGACUAUGCUGAGUGUGAGAGCUGCAGGAGAGGUAUGUAUCAGGACGAGGAAGGCCAGACAGAGUGUAAACUGUGUGCAGACGGAUUUUCCACUCCUUACCUUCACUCCCGCAGCCUGUCCGAAUGCAAAGCGCAGUGUAAGCCUGGCAGCUCAUCACUCAGUGGGCUGGAGACAUGUGAAUCAUGCCCUUUGGGUCAGUACCAGCCUGGUUUUGGCUCACGUUCAUGUUUGCCCUGCCCUCCAAAAACCUCCACCGUCAACCGAGGAGCCAUGGAGCAGAGCGAGUGUGGAGUUCCGUGCUCGGCAGGUCAUUUCUCCCGUACCGGACUGGUCCCAUGUUACCCCUGUCCUCGUGACUAUUACCAACCUGAAGCGGGACGAUCCUACUGCCUCUCCUGCCCCUUCUACGGCACCACCACCAUCACAGGAGCGCGGACCAUCCAACAGUGCUCCACAUUUGGCUCUAGUUUCCUGCCUAAGGAGGAAAGUAUAACUACAGCUCCAGAAAUUCCUGUGAUAAGAGACUAUCAGGCCAGCAGUCAGAUAUUCCAUGAGUGCUUCCUCAACCCGUGUCAGAACCAGGGCACCUGUGAGGAGGUGGGAGUGGGUUAUGUGUGCACUUGUCUCCCAGGAUUCACAGGAGCAAAAUGCGAGAGUGACAUUAACGAGUGCGACUCUGCUCCGUGUCAGAACAGCGGUCUGUGCAGAGACAGAGUGGGAGGCUUCCAGUGCCAGUGCAAGCCUGGCUUUGUGGGAUCACUGUGUGAAGUCGACAUAAAUGAGUGCAGCUCUUCUCCGUGUCUAAACAAGGGAGUGUGUGUGGACGAGGUGAAUCGGUUCAGCUGCAGCUGCGCAGAUGGAUUCACAGGACUUCACUGUGAACUGGAGAUCGAUGAGUGUGAGUCCAGGCCUUGCCAAAAUGGAGGGGUGUGUAAGGACCUGGAUGCUGGAUAUUCCUGCUUGUGUAGGCCGGGUUUCACUGGAGAGAGCUGUGAAGUGAAUAUUGACGAGUGCUACACUGCUCCCUGUCUGAAUGGAGGAACAUGUGUGGAUGCUGUCAAUGAUUUCAGGUGUGAUUGCAUGAGUGGGUUCAGUGGGAAACUGUGCCAGGUUGAUGAGGACGAGUGUGAGUCUAAUCCAUGCUUGAAUGGUGCCACCUGCAAGGAUGAAGUGGGGAGCUACACCUGCCGAUGCCCUCCUGGGUUCAACGGAACCAGGUGUGAGACAGAAAUGUCUUCCACCUUCAACCUGGAUUUUGAGGUGUCUGGUAUUCAUGGGUAUGUGAUGAUGGAUGGGACGAUGCCAGCACUCACUCAGAUAACCUGCACAUUCUGGAUGAGAUCAUCAGACACGGUCAACUACGGAACUCCAAUCUCAUAUGCAGUGGAUGGAGGCAGUGACAACGCCUUUCUCCUUAUAGAUUACAACGGUUGGGUGCUGUAUGUGAACGGGAAAGAAAGGAUCACAGACUGUCCAGCGGUGAACGACGGCCGGUGGCACCACAUCGGCGUGACGUGGAGGAGUACAGACGGUGACUGGAGGAUAUACAUCGAUGGAAGCCCUUCUGAUGGUGGGAAGGGUCUGUCCAUGGGUCGCACCAUACCAGGAGGUGGUGCUCUGGUGCUGGGACAGGAUCAGGAUCAGAGAGGCGAGGGAUUCAACCCAGUUGAGUCCUUUGUUGGUUCUCUCAGCCAGCUCAAUAUCUGGGAUUAUGUCCACUCACCACAGCAGAUCAGGUCUCUGGCCAGCUCUUGUCCAAGUGACCUACAGAGGGGGAACGUGUUUGCCUGGCCUGACUUCCUACAUGGUAUCACAGGUCGAGUCAAAACCAACCCUAAGAGCAUGUUCUGCACUGAUUGCCCCCUGCUGCAAGAUACUGUACCCAACUUGCGCUCUUCCAGUCCAGCAGUGACACCAGGCACUCAGGUGAAAUUCUCCUGCAAUCCUGGAUAUUACCUGGUGGGGGAGCCAGUGCAGAAGUGUCUGAACAGAGGGGCAUGGAGCCAUGCACAGCCUCGUUGUGAACGAGUGAACUGUGGCACACCUCCUGCAAUGCUGCAUGGUCAGUAUCAUGGGGAGGAUUUCUAUGCUGGAAGUUCAGUGCUGUACCAGUGCAAGUCUGGCUUCUACCUGCUCGGUGAGAGCAAAAUGCAGUGUGGCAACAACGGCAAAUGGUCCGGAAACGUGCCUGCAUGUCUGGAUAUGGAUGAGUGUGCCUUGGGCUCUGACUGUGAUGAGAACGCCAGCUGUCAGAACACAGAAGGCUCGUACAUCUGUACCUGCAUUUACCCCUUCACCGGGGACGGGAGGAACUGCAGAGCCCUGUCAUGUAGUCCACCUACAGUCCCAAAACAUGGACUCUUGGAGGGAACAAACUUCACAUACAGAAGCAAGGUGACUUUCAGCUGUGAGAAAGGUUACAUCCUUCAAGGGCCAACAGAGAUAGAGUGUCAGUCUGACCUGACGUGGAGUAGAGUUCCACCUAGCUGUCAGCCUGUGACCUGCAGCGAGCCCCCUGCUGUGGACUUUGCAGACUUCAGUCUCAAUGGAAAAGUUUACUUGUCAACUUUGAGAUACACCUGCAUUAAAGGAUACAGAAUACAGGGCCAAGGGGAGCUGAAAUGUGAAGCUUCUGGAAAAUGGACAUCCCCUGCUCCUGUCUGUGCCAGAGUGAACUGUGGAGACCCACCUCCCUUAAAGGAUGCAGUUGUCAAAGGAGACAACUUCACUCUGGGCAGUCAGGUGCAUUACAUCUGCAAAGAAGGAUACACACUACUAGGUACUGAAACUCAGGAGUGCCUACCAAGUGGUGAAUGGAGCCGUGAAUUUUCCCAGUGUGUGCCUCGCUCAUGUGGUCCACCACCACCAGUUGACCAUGCACAUCCUGACACUGGACACAAACUUUUCGGUGACACUGCUAUCUACUUUUGUAAUGAUGGCUAUACCGCUGGCAACAACACCAAGUUGUUUUGCAAUGCAGAGGGCAUUUGGGCACCUCCUGAGGGACAGAGUAUGCCAUACUGCAUUGCCACCUUCUGCCAACAUCCACCUGAUCUACCUCAUGCUAUUCUAGACUCCAUUUAUAAACCCAAAUAUGCUAGUAACACAGAAGUCAGCUACAAAUGUGAGGAAGGUUUUAUGCUCAAUACCACAGCUACUCUGAAAUGCUUAAUGGGAGGAGAAUGGUCACCUUCACCCAUGGAUAUUGGCUGUGUGCCCAUCAGAUGCUCCAAGCCAGAGAACAUUGAGAGGGGUUAUGUCAGUGGAACCAACUACAAUUUUGGAGCUGUAAUUGCAUAUAGCUGUGAUAAGGGCUACUAUAUCCGAGGAGAGAAAAGAAGAACAUGUAUGGCUAAUGGAGAGUGGGGUGGGAUUUUACCAACUUGCCAACCUAUUAGUUGCUCUAUUCCUCCUCGUCUAAUUAACGGCUACAUUCAGGACUCCACAAGGAGAGCCAACUAUGUGUACAAUAGUAAGGUGACAUAUACAUGCAAUGUGGGUUAUCGCCUUACUGGGAAGGCUGACCGUAUAUGCAUGGCCAACAAGCAAUGGUCCAACAUUGAUCCCCCCAUUUGUAAGCUUUUACACUGCCCACAACCUCCUGAUAUCUUGCAUGGGCACUACCGUGGCUCCAUAUUUGAAGUGGGAAGUAAAGUGGAAUAUGUCUGUGAUGAUGGCUACGAACUCAAUGGAGAUGCAAUAUGGACCUGUUUAAAAUAUGGGAAGUGGGACAAGCCCAAAACUCCUCAAUGCUCUCCAGUUCAGUGUGUGGAGCCACCUUUAGAGGAGAACCAUCUAGUAUUACGAAGCUUGGACUCAAACUCAGGAACUGUGGAGCUCUCAUGUGAGGAUGGUUAUGUACUUCAUGGAGCAAAAAUUCUUCGGUGUACCCCAUCACAAGAAUGGAACGAUUCUUUUCCAGUCUGCAAACAGGUGUCUUGUGGUCCACCACCAGAGGUUUCCUUUGGUGAUCCAUCAUCAAAUCCAUCUACCUAUUUUGCCAGUGUAGUUACCUACUCCUGUAUGGCAGGUUUUACCCUUAGAAAAGAAGCUUUUAUUAGCUGUCAGGCAGAUGGACACUGGAGCACCCCAUAUCCAGAAUGCAUUCCUGUAGAGUGCCCUCAUCCUGAGGAAAUAUCAAAUGGUAUAGUGGAUGUGCAAGGACUUAUGUAUCUUAGCACUGCUCUGUACAGCUGCAAGCCUGGAUAUGUCCUAGUGGGCAACUCAACUGUGAUAUGUGGUCAGAGUGGCCGCUGGAUUGGUGGAGUACCUGCUUGUCGUCCCAUUGAAUGUCCUCCACCCAAAGAGAUCCCCAAUGGCAUUGCCAAGUUCUCACAACUUCUCUUUAGCAGGUCUGUUACAUACAUCUGUCAGCGAGGAUACAGUCUAAAAGGUUCAGAGACUCUUACCUGCCUGGAAAAUGGUAAAUGGGACAAUGAGGUUCCAUCCUGCCAACAAAUCUACUGUUUGCCCCCCAAACCAAUUGACAAUGGCUUUGUUGAAGGCCGGGAUCAUAAAUUUGGUGUGACCAUUUUCUAUAGCUGCUUCCCAGGCUUCUUGCUUGUGGGUCAGAGCCACCUUACCUGUGAGGAACAUGGUUGGUCAAGUUCAGUCCCCACUUGCACUCCAGCAGACUGUGGUCUUCCUCCCCACAUUGAUUUUGGUGAUUAUUUUAAAAUUCAAGAUCCAUCUGCUGAGUUGACCGGUGAUAAACCAGCAGAUACCCCUUCACCAGCAGACACCAGCUUCUUGCAUGGAACCAUGGUAGAGUAUCGCUGCCAUGCAGGCUAUGAAAUGAAUGGUAGAGUUGCUUUAGUGUGCCAAGAAGAUGGCACAUGGAAUGGGACAGCUCCUAAGUGUGUACCUGCUAAGUGUGAUACACCCCCUCAUCCUGAACAUGGAUCAGCAACAGUAACAGAUACUGUACUGGGAAGAUUAGUGGAGUACAGCUGUGAUGAAGGAUAUGAGCUGGAUGGCCCAACAGUACAACAGUGUAUCUCCGGACAUCAGUGGAGUAAUGAAGCACCCCAAUGUGUUCCUGUAAACUGUGGUGACCCAGGGGGUAUUGCAAAUGGUGAAGUGAUAGGAAGUUAUUUUCACUUCAGUGGAGUUAUACAAUAUGAAUGCCAUGCUGGAUUUGUCCUACAAGGUGUAAAAAAUAGGACUUGCCAAAUGGAUGGAAAAUGGGAUGGCAAAGCACCAUGGUGUAAGGCUGUGUCUUGUGGACGUCCUGUGGUCGCAAAUGAUGUUUUAAUUAAAGGAGAUGAUUAUACGUUUGGCAAGCGCCUACUCUUUAGCUGCCACAAUGGAUUUAUCCUGCAUGGGACACACACUAGUGUUUGCCUUGCUAAUGGUACUUGGAGUGAAAAUGCCCCUAAGUGCUUCCUAGCUAACUGUGGUCGACCCCCUAUCAUUCAAAAUGGCCGUGUCAUAGGAACAAAUUAUGGUUAUAAUGGGAAAGUUAAAUAUGAGUGUAAUGUGGGUUAUACAUUGGCAGGAAAGCCCACACUCGUGUGUGGAGGUGAUGGACUGUGGGAUGACCCUCCACCACGAUGUGACAUAGUCACAUGUGACCCACCUGAGGAUAUUAGUCAUGGCUUUCUAAAUGGAUCAAGUUUUAACUUUGAGGAUGUUGUGGAAUAUGUUUGCUUCCCUGGCUAUGAGACCAUUGGAAGUCCAAUUCUUCAUUGUGCAGCAGAUGGCACUUGGGUUGGGACAGUGCCAGAAUGCCGGCUCUGUAUAUGCAACCCACCAGUACUGAGGUUUGGUGUUGUGCUUGGCCGGGAUCACACAUGUGGGGCCAGUGUGUGGUUCCGAUGUGAUGAGGGCUACACGCUUCUUGGGCCUACUGAAUCUGUGUGUGACAAGGGAGGAUUAUGGAGUCCAGGGGUUCCCAUUUGUAGCAGAGGCAGAUGUGCAACACCUCCUCCUGCAGUACCCAAUGCUGUUGUGCAAGGUGGUACAGUUGUACCGGAUGAAGUCACCUAUGAAUGCAGACAAGGAUACCGUUUACGUGGCAACCCAAAUCUCUCCUGUGGAAGGUUGGGUAGGUGGGAAGUUCCAAGUCUACACUGUGAUCCUGUGUCUUGUGGAGAGCCCCCUCCUGUUCCAAAUACAGAGAUUAUGGAAUCUGUUUUUACCUAUGGCAACAAGGCUAAGUACAAGUGUAAAGAGGGGUACAUGCUGGCUACACAAACAGACGUAAUCAAUUGUCAGAGUGAUGGCACUUGGUCCAAGCAAAGUGUAAGGUGUCAGCCGAUACCGUGCAGCCUUCCCAACAACCUAACCAAUGUUGUGGUCACAGCUAGCCAGCUCACACCUGUAGGAGGCACUGUCACAAUAUCCUGCAUGACAGGAUUUUAUCUCGAGGGGGCAGCACUAUCAGAAUGUGAACUCUUUGGUAGAUGGUCUCCAUCAUUCUCCUCCAACUCAUGUGUGCCUGUCAUCUGUGAAAAGCCCCUCCCCAUUCUCCAUGGUAAUAUUGAAGGAGACAGCUACAAUUAUGGAGACAUGAUUGUGUACAUUUGUUUGCCAGGGUUUGAAUUACAGGGUCAUAAUGUUCAGAUCUGUCAGGGAGACCGAACUUGGAGUGGCAGCCAGCCUGAGUGUGUCGUAACUUCAUGUGGUCCUCCACCCAUUGUGGAAAAUGCUGUUUCUUUGCCAACUGAUGAGUCACACCAGAGUAAUGUGACAUAUAUUUGUAACGCUGGGAUGAACCUGAUUGGCUCACAGAACCUCACAUGUCUGGCUAAUGGAACAUGGAGCUCACCUGCACCAAGAUGUGAAGUGAAUAUCUUUGCUUCAGCCUCCAAAGGUUGUGAAAAGCCUGUAGGAUUAUUAAAUGGAAAGGUUCAGGAACAGAGCCUGGUUAGCUGGAAGGCUCUUGAGUUUUUCUGCAAUAAGGGCUACACUCUACAGGGGGAGUCUCUUGUUGUCUGCAUGGGAAAUGGUUCAUGGAGUUCACCUUUUCCUAUUUGUACACCCCAGUCAUGUCCUCCACCUCCUGGAUUGACGGGGAACAAUAUCAACACCACAUUAUUCCUGGUGGGUCAGACAGUGCCAAUCAAUUGUCCUAAAGGUCAGCAGGUCAAAGGGCGUCAUGGCCAAAGUACUGCCAUCAUAACCUGCAGGAGUGACCAGACCUGGACUCCAAUCAGGGCAGUUUGUGAGAAUUAACAUCACACGGAACAUCAUUAAAAUCCAUUUUUAAAAAAACCUAUGGAAAGAAUAUGGCACAACCAUGAUUCUGCCUAGAAGAGACCGUCCACUAAAUAUCAGUGACCUGGUAAAGAGGACAUUAGUCAGAGAAGCAACCAAGGAGCCUUAUUGGAUAUAGUGCUGUGUACACGUUUGGAAAUGUUCCUUUUUAUUUUAUUCAUAUGCUGAAGCAUUGUUUUUGUUUUUGUUUUCAACAUGAAAUGUAAAUCCAGUCUAGGGUAUAUUUGAUGUUUUAUCCUGAAUAAAUGAAAUGUUUCGUCUUAUAUCAAUACUGUGUAGUAAAAUACUGGAAUUUUGCUCUAAAGCAGCCCUAAAUCUGUCAUUAAGACCAGACUUUUGGGGGCUUUUUUAUUUGGUUGUUUGACCUUUUUGUGUCUUGUUUUUGUUUUUUGUUUUGUUUUUAGAAAGGGACUGCGGUUAUUGCUUUAGGUGUAAACUCUCCCCUUCUCUUUCCUUUGCAUGAGCAGUCAGAAUUUCUAUUCUUUUCACUCAAAAGCUUGUGCCUUUUUCACACAGGCCGUAAUGUUUGAGGAAGUAAGAUAUUUCUUUUGCACAGCAUGUCGUCAGCCCACUGUUGCAUGCCUGUUUCACCUGCAAAGUUUUAUUACCACAGCAAGAAAACACAGACCAGCAGCAAACCAGAUCAACAGAUAAGAGUAACAUAAUCAUUCAUACUUUCCACAGAGCGGGAAAUUCGCACGACAGUGGGGAAAUUUGCCAGAAUGAAUACCUAACAGAAGAAAGUAAAGAAGCAAUGUGGGAAUAGAUGCAGAAAACGGCUGCUGAGGGACAGUUCAAAUACACUACCAGUCAAAAGUUUGGACACACCUUUUAAUGCAAUGUUUUUUGUUUAGGGAUUUAUUUUCUACAUUCUAGAACAAUACUGGAGAUUUCAAAACUAUGAAAUAACACACAUGGACUUAAGUAAUCCAUAUGUAAUGACAACAAAAAACAGUCCGUUGUUAUUUUAAGACACGAAGGUCAGGUGUUCUGGAACAGUUCUUGCAAGAACAGUAUUGUCAAGUGCAUUUGCAAAACCCAUCAAGCACCAUGAUGAAACUGGCUCACAUGAAGACCAUCCCAGUAAAGCAAGACCGAAACUGACCUCUGCUGCAGAGGGGAAGUUCAUUUAGAGUUACCAGCCUCAGAAAUCACCAUUUAACAGCACCUCAGAUUAGAGGCGUUAUGAAGGCUUUACAGAGCAUCAGUAGCAGACAUAUCUCAAUAUCAACUGUUCAAAGGACAUUAUUGUGUAUUUCGGCCGCCUUCAGCAUUGUUUUACAAUGUAGAAAGAAAUAAACAUCAGGAAAGACCAUGGAAUUAGAAGAUGUGUCCAAACUUUUGACUGGUAGUGUAAUUUCACUAGCAAAAUAUUAGAUAUACUCUUAAGUAAUAAAAAUAAGCAACUUGCCAAUUUUUAAGCACUUUUAAAUACUUGAUUUGACCAGUCAUUGCACCAAAUACCUGAUAGUUUUUCCCAUGUAGUCUAAAAUCAUAUCAUUUUUUAAAUUAAAAAUAAAACCUGCAAAACAAAUGAACCAAAUUUAUGGCCAGAACAGACACUCACAGUGAACACCCACAAACAUGAACGUUUUUUGUCAACAUUAAAUCUCUAUGUUAACUGCCACACUGUUGACUUGACCACAGCUCUUACUGUUGUAUUCCUUAUAACUCCACCUGUAUUUACAGCCACGCUGACUGCACUGACGAUCAUGAAGCCACCAGUGUAUGUGGCACACUCGUACACAUGCCUACACCACAGUCACCUGCCUCUAAUUUCCACUUCUGUUAGUAUCACAAAAAUAGGACACUCAGUUAAACUGUUGCCACAGCAGCCAGCAAUCUAAUGUUUCUUUUCACGCUUCCUUUUCUUUGGCACUUCCUGCUUAAGCACUGUUACACAAAUACGGUUGGUUAGUCAUUGGGUUAUUCUUUGAAUGUGGUGUCUUUUAGGUUACAAGAAAUUAAUAUGUGUAAUAGCUCCAUGGUGCCCCAAGAAUGGAAAAAAGAUUCGCUAUGAUAUCAGCAAGAUUAGUCAGAGCGGAUGAAGUGGAGCUGAAAAAGUCUCAUUUAUUUCUGCAGUGUCCUUCUGCUUAGGAAAGUGCCUUGUGUAUGAGAGGAACACAGAGAUUGUCAUAUAAAACAUUUAUUAUAUUAGCAGCUACCAAAUGCCAUGUUUAUUUAAGAAAGUGAUGUGGAAGAGUAGGUUAAUUUAAUAACGGAAAAAUAUUACUAGAUAUUUAUAUAGUGACCCGUCCAGGGUGUACCCCUGCCUUUCGCCCAGUGUGCGCUGGGAUAGGCUCCAGCAGACCCCCGUGACCCUAAUUAGGAAUAAAGCGGGUAUAGAAAAUGGAUGGAUGGAUUUAUAUAGUGUGUCAUUUUUGUUGUAAAUUUAUAGUAACUUCUAGACAACCAAUGUUGUUACUGUAAUUUGUAUUUAUUUAUAGCAUGUUACUGUAAUGUUUGUUUACAGUAAUGGUAUGCUAUCUUGAUAUAGGUGAUAUGUUACAGAUAUACAGUAUAUCCCUGUAAAAACAUCCACUUCUACAGUUUUAUGUCAUAUUGUUGUGGAAGUUCUUUUGCACAUGAAUUUACAAUUUUAUUUGUAAAUCUUAACAAUGGCAUUCGAUCAAAAAUAUUGUCAGGUCAAUUAUUGCAGUUCAUGUAAAAACCCAUAAAAUUUCAGAUUACACAAUAAGAACAUAAAGACCAAUUAGAUGAACAGAAUCACAUUUUAUUCAUUCACAUUUAAUCACAUUUUAUUCAUAACACAGGCUGGUCAAAGCGGGUA